CUACAGUCACAUAACGUUUAGAGCAAAGAUGCAGACAAACGUAUAGUUCAGGCUCGGUAGAAGAUAGGCAACAUUUGCUUGAAACGGUGAAGAAUCCGUCAAUAAAUUGUCCUUUCGGACAUUAUUCAAAGGCGUGAAGAUGCGGAUUCCAUGUGGCACUCUUUUUCUUCUGACAGUCUCAUUGAGCAUAGACAAGAGUACAGCUAAGGGAGGAUGCACAGGGUCUUCAUGUGGAGGAUGCAACUGCAGUGGUGUUAAGGGGUCAAAGGGCGAGGGAGGGCUCCCAGGUUUGCCUGGUAUGGUGGGAUUUCCUGGAUUACAAGGUCACGAGGGUCCCACAGGGCCAAUGGGACCAAAGGGGUCUGCAGGCGAGCUAGGUACCCCAGGAUCGAAAGGAAACAGAGGCCCAUCUGGUGUGGCUGGUUUCCCUGGUCGUCCAGGUAUUCCAGGUCUUCCAGGUCAAGAAGGUGCACCAGGACCUGCAGGAAUCCCAGGAUGCAAUGGAACGAAGGGGGAGCGUGGUUUUGAUGGAAUUCCAGGUGUUCAUGGACUACAGGGACCACCAGGUCUUCCAGGUUUGCAGGGAAUGAAGGGAGACCCAGGGGGUAUUAUCGGAGGACCCAUUCCCCUGAAAGGAGACAGGGGCUUGCCAGGACAACCAGGUUCAGCUGGACCACCUGGUUUUCCAGGACCACCAGGGCCAAUUGCCCCUCCUGGACCAGCAGGACCCUCUGGAAGGCCUGGUAAUCCUGGUCAAAAGGGAGAGCCGGGUGACAGGCUGACAUUUCAAGGGGAGAAAGGAGACAAGGGAGAAAGAGGUUUACAUGGUCCCCCUGGUCCACCUGGAAAGAAUGAUGAAGCUACAGGUCCAGGCGUGACAACUUAUAUUCCUGGACCACCGGGUGACACGGGCGAUAGAGGAGAUAAAGGAGAAAAAGCGUCUUGCUUACCACAUCUACCAGGAAUCAAAGGUGAGCCAGGACCACCAGGACCUCUGGGGAAACCAGGAAAAGAUGGACUGAAUGGAGAAAAGGGAGAAAGGGGCUUUGAUGGUUUUACUGGAACUGAUGGCGUAAAGGGUGACAAAGGAGAAAGAGGACCACCAGGUUAUGGUGGUGGCCAUCCUGGACCCCCUGGUCCUCCUGGUCUUCCUGGAGCAGAAGGAGAGAGAGGUUACCCUGGAGAGCGUGGAAGUCCUGGUGCCCCAGGCAGAUAUAUUGAAGGCCCUCCUGGACCUCCUGGUUUCCCUGGAGAGAUUGGCCAAGUGGGAGACAAAGGUGCUGAUGGUCAAUCUCUUAGAGGAGCAAAUGGAGCUGAUGGACCUCCUGGACAACCUGGACCCCCAGGAGAGAUCAAUGGAGAUUGUAAUAUUGCUAAAGGACCUCCAGGUCCUCCUGGACCCUCAGGUUUGCAGGGGGAGGUGGGACAAAAAGGUGAUCAAGGCGACACAUGCACUGCUUGCACAGCUUUCGGGGACCCAGGAUUACCUGGCGUCCCGGGCCCAAAGGGUCAGCAAGGUUUUCCUGGAGCAGCGGGGAGUAAAGGAGAGAAGGGUAUAUCGGGACCUUCUGGACCUCAUGGAAUUCCGGGUGUGGGUGGCACUCCAGGUUUAAUGGGUGCCCCUGGUGCUCACGGCGAGCCUGGUGAUAUAUAUGUUGCGCCGGGGCUGAAAGGAGAUAAGGGUUUACCUGGUACAACAGGAGAAAGAGGGUUUCCAGGCAUUGAUGGUAUCCCAGGAACAGAUGGUCGACCUGGCCAACCUGGUCCCAAAGGAGAGCCUGCUAGAGUUGGUAUAAAGGGUGAACGUGGCCUUGACGGAGAUCCAGGUGUACCUGGUCUCUCAGGUGAGAGAGGUCCCCCAGGUACUCCGGGAAUUGGUCGGCCAGGUGAACAUGGUGAAAAAGGCACUCCAGGGUAUCCAGGUGCACCAGGAAGGCCAGGACCACCAGGACGUAAAGGUGAAUCUGGUCCAAAUAUAAGUUUACCUGGACCUCAGGGUUCCCCGGGGCCACGUGGGGAGACUGGCAGACCUGGUCUUCAAGGUGAUAGAGGUCCAUCAGGUGAACCGGGGAUUCCAGGAUUUCCAGGAGAAAAGGGUGAUCCUGGGCUGCCAGAAAUUGGCUCUCCAGGUCCUCCGGGUCCAAAAGGGUAUUCUGGGAUUCCAGGAGCCGCUGGCCUUCCGGGAGAGACUGGUCAGCCAGGUCAGGAUGGCUUUCAUGGUCGUUCAGGGACACCUGGGCAAAAAGGUGAACCCGGCAGGGGUCUUCCAGGUCCUAAAGGCUCCAUAGGUCAGCCAGGGGUGUCAGGAUUUCCAGGAGAGAAGGGUAAAGCUGGUAUGCCAGGGGUUCCUGGAACUGAAGGACGUACAGGUUCACCUGGGUCUCAGGGAAUUAAAGGUGACCUUGGACCACCAGGACCUCAUGGUUUGGCUGGACCACCAGGGUCUCCAGGGCCUGGAGAUCCUGGGCCACCUGGACCAAUGGGUCCACCUGGAGGCCCUGGACUUUUCGGUCAGACAGGUAUAAAGGGAGAGAAAGGUUUACAGGGACUACCUGGUCUGGAAAUGCCAGGCCCUCCAGGAAGCAAGGGUAGCCCUGGUGUCCCUGGGUUACCAGGCUUAAAGGGGUGGUCUGGAGCAGCAGGAUUUCCUGGAAAAGAUGGUUUUCCUGGUGAGCGUGGUCCAAAAGGACAAAUGGGACAAAUUGGGAUUACAGGACCUCCUGGAUCACCAGGUACCUUUGGAGACCCUGGGGCACCUGGGCCAAGAGGUGACCCUGGCUUGACUGGACCCAGGGGAGACCCAGGGCUGACUGGUAUCAAGGGUGAAAGAGGAGAGACUGGUCUUCAGGGGCCACCUGGUAACAUGAGUGAUGUCGACAUGGGUCACAUGAAAGGGGACAAAGGAGACAGUGGAAACAGAGGUGAUCCUGGUCCUACAGGAACAAAGGGGUACCCUGGAACAGCCGGAGACCCUGGAAUGCCGGGAAAAGAUGGAAUGCCAGGAUUAGAUGGACAGCCAGGUGACAAAGGUGACACUGGAGUUCCUGGGUUGCCAGGGCAUAUCGGAGACCCUGGAGACCCAGGUUCAAGAGGACACAUGGGAUUACCAGGUCCAAUGGGGCCAAAAGGUGGUAAAGGUACUAGUGGGUCACGGGGCCACCCUGGAUUUAAGGGCUUUGAAGGGGCCAAAGGAGAUAAAGGAGACCCGGGUACGGCAGAAAUAGGAUUCCCUGGUCCCCCUGGGGAUAAGGGAAAUGAAGGAGCCAAAGGUUUACCUGGUGGACUUGGACAGAAGGGACAUGAAGGCACAAUGGGAAUUCCAGGUAUUCCUGGAAGUAUAGGACCUAAAGGAGACCCAGGACUGACUGGUUACUCAGGUACUCCAGGGAAGCCAGGUGAGAAGGGUGCCAGUGGAUUGUCGGGUUCUUCAGGAGAUCCUGGAUUUCCAGGGCGUCCAGGUGAUCCUGGUCUACAGGGUCCUUCGGGUCCACAAGGAGACAAAGGAGAAGCAGGAGUUGAUGGCAUUCCUGGAUUUUCUGGAGAGAGAGGAGAACCUGGUCGUCCUGGGAAAGGAGUUCCUGGUACCAGUGGUGAACCUGGCAGCAAAGGUGAUAAAGGCAACCCUGGUCAUCCUGGCAUUCCUGGGAGUCCAGGUAUUCCUGGAAGCAAAGGAGAGAAGGGUCUGCCAGGUUUUCCAGGGGAACUAGGUCGCCCUGGAGAAAUAGGAUUUCCAGGACCAUCCAUGGACGGGCCUAAAGGAGACCGAGGAUCUCAGGGGGAGCCGGGAGAAAAAGGUGUAACAGGUGCAACAGGUGAACCAGGUCUACCAGGUGCUUUUGGAGCUAAAGGAGUAAAGGGAGAUGUGGGCUACCCAGGUCCACAAGGCUCUUACGGCUUAAAAGGAGACAAAGGUUUCACUGGCAUUCCUGGUGAAUCUGGACUACCUGGUUAUAAUGGACCAAAGGGUGAGAUGGGACAACAGGGCGUUCCUGGUUUCCCUGGUGCUAAGGGUGAGGUUGGAAUAAUAGGUUCUAGGGGUGAGAUUGGUGACAGAGGAUUUCCUGGGCUUAAAGGUAAUGAAGGCCCCCCUGGAUCCCCCGGGCCACACACAUUUGUAAAGGGAGAUCCCGGUUCACCCGGACCGCAGGGUCCCCAAGGUCCACCUGGACUCGAAGGCUUCCCUGGACCAAAAGGACAAGAGGGCAUGAAUGGUCCUCAAGGUUUAAAAGGAGCUGAUGGGACACCUGGCUAUAAUGGACAUCCCGGGGCAAAAGGAGAGCCUGGCCCAGCUGGAGUCACUGGACCCAGAGGUUACCCUGGACCCCCAGGGCCUGAUGGUAUCCCAGGUCACAUUGGCCCUCCUGGUCUGUCCUCAAUGGACCAUGGCUUCCUGGUAACUCGUCACAGUCAGACUGUUGAAGUUCCACCAUGUCCAGGGGGUACCACGCCCAUAUACGAUGGAUACUCCUUGCUUUACGUCCAGGGCAACGAGAGAUCACACGGGCAAGACCUAGGUACAGCCGGUAGCUGCCUAAGGAAGUUCAGCCCUAUGCCUUUCCUCUUCUGCAACAUCAACAACGUAUGUAACUUUGCAUCUCGUAAUGACUAUUCGUACUGGCUCACCUCUCCAGAGCCCAUGCCCAUGAGCAUGGCUCCUAUCACUGGCCAGAGCAUUAAACCCUUCAUCAGCAGGUGUGCGGUAUGUGAAGCACCUGCCAUGGUGAUAGCAGUACACAGUCAGACCAUCCAGAUCCCACUCUGCCCUCGAGGAUGGGAUUCCCUGUGGAUCGGAUACUCUUUCGUCAUGCACACCAGUGCUGGUGCUGAGGGUUCAGGUCAGGCUCUUGCCUCUCCUGGCUCUUGUCUGGAAGAGUUUCGCUCUGCUCCCUUCAUCGAGUGUCACGGACGCGGCACCUGCAACUACUAUGCUAAUUCAUACAGCUUCUGGCUAGCCACCAUAGACGACAGCGAUAUGUUUACGAAACCUGUCCCUACAACUCUAAAAGCGGGGAGUCUACGAACUCACAUUAGCAGGUGUCAGGUGUGCAUGAAGAGGGUAUUAUAGACCAGUCUCAACAUUACAUCUGGUCUGUAUGUUCCAGCUUUAUGAACAAACAACAAAAAUAUAUGGUGCUACUUCUAUGAAAAGCCAUGGAAAAACGUCAAGGAAACAUGUUCAGAAAAUACACACCUUCUCAAGAUCCCAGAAACGGAAGAUCGAGAACUUUUCUUACAGAGUGCUUAACUAACAUCGUUCCGUUGUGUCUUUCAUGAGUGACACCUGUUUACACUUGCACUGAGUACAUCUGUUACUAAGCAGGUAUCAUCUUGACCAACAGUCUACAUGAAUGGGAUGCUCUUCCGUCCAGCCCUUUUCUUAUCUUUAUUUAUCAUGCCACUGAAUACUAUCAAAUGCAAAUAUCCUGUUUAUUUCUGUCUCUCUUCAUUUUAUAGUCAACUAUCACUAACAUUAGAGAUACGUAUUGUUUUGUAAUUCACAGUCAGCGAGUUUGUCAGCACCCUCUUUGUAUGAUGUAGGAAAGGCAAAGUUCAAGCUUUGUUGUAAAUACAAUUCUUUGUUUAGUACUUAACACUAUGUCACCAUUAACUUUUAAGGUAAAUUGAUUUUGUUAUACUUAAUUAUUUAUGAAAGCGUAUGAGAGUUUAAGCACCAAGAGGCCUUUUCUGUCAAAAAUUAAUGGUUGAUUACUUCCACUGCAAAGUAGCAUCUUGGCACAUAAACUGUAAUAUUCUGCACUGUUUUCUAAUGCCCGCGUGUGGCCUUUAGACUGAAACCUAACAUGUUUCAAUUCAUGCUUUUGGUGUGUAUGUGUGCGUUCAUGCCUGUGGGUGUGUCUGGUCCGCCUGUGUUUUGGUGCAGUAAUGUUGUCAUUAAUCUUGGAUAAUGGCACAGUUUCGAUCAGGUGGCCAUGCUUUUUCUUGCCAGUGAUUUUCCCACGAGGCCGUUCAAACUAUCUUCUAUAAACAGAUGCUCGAAUGCUCCUGUCUUCCCUUCCGUUUACUGUAUGUAUACACGAAUCAGACAUUAACAAUACCUUUAACAAAUCUAAGUCAGAAGGUGAAUAAGUUCACCUAAAAACAAAAGUAUUAUUAGGUAUUUUGAGCCAAGAUGACUUCUGACACAACACAAAAUGUGUUCCCUAAAUGUUUAGGAUGACUUAAUCAUUCCUUUUUAUUUUUUCUAGAUUGUAGAAUAAUAAAAGAAAUCAAAGAUGUUAUAUUUUAGUGUCUUCCAAAUAGCUACUAUUUGCCUUGAAUUGGCAUUUGAUCAGACAGUUUCUUCAAAUGCUUUUUAAACAUUUCCUAUCUAUGCUGCGCUUUUAUUGGCUGACCUUUCCUCAUUUUUAGUCCAAAUCAUUUAAAAUGUUUGUUUUUUUAAGUUAUAAGUAUCGGCUACAAAAUUAUUUAAAAUAUAUAAGCAAAUGCCUUUAGAGCAAAUUAUUGUUUCAGUCAAGGUAUCCUCGAUUAAACAGUCGUUUAACUAUUUCACAAAGUGGUGAUUUUGUAUGAAUUUGUACAAUGUACAAAAAUCUAAAUUUUUAGAAAAAAAGCAACAAUUAAACCACACCCCUAAACAUAAAAAGAUACUUAAACGUAUUCAUAGGAAUUACAGUAGCCACCUUAUAAAAUAGUUACCAUUGCCAUGAGAUUGCGUUUGUACCUUUCACGAUUAAAUUUAGCAAUUAAGGUCGAUGAAAUUCUGUCAUCUUUAUAUCCCCUUAUUGCUUUAAUACCUGACUUUUUCCCAUGGAACUUAAAGGAAGUUAAAGUAACCGAUUGGUAACCGAACAAUGGCGGCACCCAUUCACUUCUAUUGUACAGUAGACACAAAACCAAUGCAAGUCAAUGGGUACCGCCGUUGUUCGGUUAUCAACAUUCUCCAAAAUACCUUCUUUUGUGUUCUGCAGAGGAAAGUCAUACAGGUUUGAAAUGACAAGAGGGUGAGUAAAUGAUGACAUCAUUUUCAUUUUUGGGUGAACUAUCGCUUUAAAAAAAGUCAGAAUUGUGUUUUCCUUACUAUGAACAAAGUCAUCAUUACCAAAAGUUCUAUUUUAUUUUUCUUAGUUUGCUACAAAGGUCUUUCCCCUUGCACACACUAAAUGAAAACUUAUCUAACACUACCCGAAUAAACGUAUUAUUGUUCUUUUGCUCGUGUUGUGUCUCGCUGAAGGCACAGAGAAGCUAAAUGGAGGCAUGAUGCUCAUGAUCGCUGUUGACUUACAAAAUCUUUUUGUCAGGAGUUCACAUGAACUACAUCUUGUUUGUUGACUUUCCAUUUGACAUUCUAUUGACCUGGACCCAACAAACAGCCUUGGAUUCCUACGUCUUGGAUUACCUUCAAGCCUCGUUACAAAGGGCUUAUCCAGAAUGUAGAGUCUGAGGUGAAGAUUUCUUGUCAUGUUUCAUUUGAACAACAAUCUCAUUGAUUUUAUGUUUGGUCUCAAUGCAUCAGAUACUAGACCAGUGCACAUGUCCCAUCUAUAAAGAGGAGUUGUUGCUUAUGCUGUUUAUAUUUUUGUCAUUUACAUUACACUGAUAAUACUUGACUAUGUAAUCUACACUACUUGGCUCUACCAAAACCCCUUGUAUAUAAAGUUCACUACAGUACAACCAAAGCUUUUCGACAUAUUUAGCCAAAAGAAAAUAGCUAGUUGUGUUUUAAAAUUGUUUUGAAAAUGUGCCUUGAAUUCAGGUGUGAAGAGUCACAGAUGUGUUCUAGAGCCCACACACACUUGUUCUGACUUUCUGUAAUGUCACUGACCUCACACACCCCCUGGAGCUAUGUGCAUUGUUGUAUCCAUGAAAGUCCAUUUCCAGGAUUAACAGCUUUGUUUUGGAAUACGUUCAAUACUACAGAGAUUGGUGACAUUUGAAAAAAUACUUUUCAAAUAAUUUCAGUGAUGUCCUCCUCACCCCAUACUGUGUCAUACAAUAAAACGUUUGUAUAAAUGUGUGAUGAUGCACGUUUGUUUUUAUACCAAGAACGUUUUCAUUUUAUUUCUCCUACAGUUCAAUAAAGUAGUAAUAGUCUUUAGAGAGAUUAAAUUAAAGGGACUGUUCACCCAAAACUAAAAAAGUUCAUAAUUUAUACUCCUACAUGAAUUACUUUAUUAGAACGCAAAAGAAGAUAUUUUGAGAAAUGUCUCAGUGGUUUGGUGCGCAUACAGUGGAAGUCAAUGGGUGCAAAUGUUAUUUGGAUACCAAAGUUCUUCCAGAUAUCUUCUCUUGUGUUCUGCAUAAGAAAGGAAGCCAUACAGUUUGGAAUGAUAUGAGUGUGACUACACGAUGAAAGACUUUUCAUGUUGGGAUGAGCUGUUCCAUGCAGUUUAACCGGAUCAUAAUUGCUUCCAAAUGCAAUAUACAUACUUAUAUUGUUCUUGUGUACAAUGUCUGUAAAUAAAAUGCACAAACACUGAAACGUUUACCCUUAAAAGGCACCUAAUAACAC